AUGGGAGAGGAACACGUCCUCAAACUACCCACCAUACAUGUCCAUGGGUUGGCAGAUCCAGGUCUUCACCUACACCGUGAGCUCCUCGAGAACUAUUGUAGCGUCGACAGCGUUCGGGUUUUGGAGUGGAAUGGCGCGCAUCGGGUGCCGGUAAAAAGUGCUGAUGUGAAUCCUCUCAUCGAGGAGAUUUUGAAACUGGCAAAGGAGAUUGAGGCGUUAUGA